AGGGAUGUUUCUAGAACUUUUCCAAAGCACAAGUUGUUUGCUGACGAGGGAGGUCAGGGUCAAACCAGACUGUUCAAUGUUAUGAAGGCUUACUCGUUGUACGACCAGGAAGUUGGCUACUGCCAGGGUAUGGCUUUCGUCGUUGCUCUCAUCCUCACUCAGAUGCCAGAGGAGGAAGCGUUUGCAGUCUUCGUGCAGAUGAUGGGCAAGUACAAGUUGAGACGCAUGUACAUCCCUGGAAUGAGUGGAGUGGAUCUAUCUCUCUUCCAAUUGGAGAACAUGAUACAGGAUUUGAACCCGCGACUGCACAAGCACUUCCAGAUGCACGGCAUGUUUGCCUCCAUGUACGCAUCUUCCUGGUUCCUCAGCCUCUUUACCAUCACAUUCAGUCCAUCAUUGGCCAGCAGGGUUGUUGACCUCUUCCUCGUCGAGGGAUUGGAUGUGAUCCUCGCAUUGUGCUACUCCAUGUUGGAUGUUUGCAGUUACGAGCUGCUCACUAGAGAUCUCGAGGGAAUGAUU